AUAAUAAUGGUGACAGACGUGCAGCUGGCCAUAUUUGCCAACAUGCUUGGCGUGUCAUUGUUCCUGCUGGUUGUGUUAUAUCACUAUGUUGCUGUCAAUAAUCCCAAGAAGCAGGAGUAGAGUCUGCCGGUGUGAUUGGAGAGGUGAGAUGGGACCCCCACCACCAUGGAAACAACAUUCCCCUCUUCCAGGCCUCUUUCCAAGACAUGAAUUUCUUUGUAAGAUUGCACAGUAGUGUGUUUGUUUUUUUUGUAAUAAAAAUGUAUGAAUUCUA